CUCAUAUGGAGUCUAAUAAAAUUAGAUUUUUUUAUUUUAUAGUUUUUUGUUAUUUUUUAUGAUUUUUCAAAGAUUUAGCAAAAAUAAAUAAAAAAAGAAAAACAAAAAACCAUUGUCACUAUAGCAAAAUUGCUGCCUAAAAUCGCUUGAGAAGAUUAUUUGACUGGUUUUUUUAGAAAGUUCAAGGAUAGAAAAUUCGAUUUUAUUGUAUGAGGGAUAAAAUAGUCUAUCCUGUAUAGUUGAAGGGGUUAUGUAGAUUUUUUUUAAAAUUGCGUGAGGAUCAUUAGCAUGAAAACACCAUGCGGACGUAUGGCUGAGUAUGGCCAUGUAUCUGAUACAUCAUGCGUACGUGGUAAGAUGAUAUAAUGGCUCAUGUAUCAGCUACACAAACCGCAUGACUUGUGUAUGGACAACGAUUUUUUUUUUCAAAAUCACUAUGAAGAAGACAACCUGGAAGAUCCUCUUUGUAAUUUUCUUGUUCUUUAAAACGGGUCGAAGGGUCCAAUCGAGAAAAACAAAAUUCUUAUUCUUUUAUAGGUCGUUUCAUAUCAAUUACUCUUGUUUUCCGUCCAAGCUGUACCUCUAGAAAUACCAUUUCCAAUACCUCUUUUCUGGCUUUGAGAACUCAUUCCCUGCUAUCCUAACACUAUAGAUUGAUAUAAAAUCUUGAAACUAUAUUUUUAUUUAAUGAUGAAACACGUGUGACAAUGACACUCUUCUUCAAGAAAAAAAAGCUAUAUAGGUGUGCGAUAAAAAUACUGCUCCGAUCAAGUAUGGCUGAUAAGACAAGCGGACGACAACGCGCUGUGUCGAACGUAAGAUCGUGACCAACCUCCACAGCAUCCACAGACAGACAUUUUGCCAAUGGCCAACGCGGCCACUGCCCCUCUGCUAGCAAGCAGCCAUGACGGCGAGCCGGCGAAGGAGCCAUCCAUCGAUGACGUGAUGGAGAUGUACAUCGGCGCCACAGGCAUCCUGCAGCUGCUCAAGGCCGUCUUGGUGGCCUUCGCGUGGGCCUUCGACGCGCAGCAGGUGUUCAUCUCCGCGUUCACGGACGCCGAGCCGCGGUGGCACUGCCUUGCUGCCUCCACCGGCAACUCCUCAUGCUCACGCUCUUCGACCGCGGCCUCGCCGUGCGCACUCCCGCCCGGCACAUGGGCGUGGGACCGGCCGGCGGUGGCGUCAGUGGUCUCCGAGUGGGCCCUCAGCUGCGCCGGCGGCCCGGCGCUCGUCUCCCUGCCGGCGUCGUCCUUCUUCGCCGGCUGCCUGGCCGGCGGCUUCCUCCUCACGACGCUCGCGGACUCGCUCCUCGGCCGCAAGAAGAUGCUCCUCGUGUCCCUGGUGUCCAUGUCCGUCGCCGGCGUGCUCGCCAUCUUCGCGCCCAACGUUUGGGUGUACGCCGCCCUACGCCUGCUGUCCGGCUUCUUCAGGUCCAUGGUGGGCACGUGCACGCUGGUGCUGUCCACGGAGCUCGUCGGGAAGAGGUGUCGCCACAUGGUCAGCGCGGCGGCGUUCUUCGGCUUCGCCCUCGGGUUCUUGUCCCUCCCGGCGCUCGCCUACGCGUUCCGCGACGCGUCAUGGCGGAACAUGUACUUCUGGACGUCCGUGCCUUGUCUCUGUUACUGCGUCCUGCUCUACUUCCUAGUCCCGGAGUCGCCACGGUGGCUGCUGGUGCGCGGCCGGAAGCUGGACGCCAUGGAGGCGCUGAAGCAGAUCAUCUCGCUCAACGGCAGCUGCGCAACGGCCAGCUUCUCCCUGCUGGACCGGUGCACCGUGCACGAGGACGACGACGGCGCGAGCAGCGGGGGCGGCGUCUUCGCCACGCUGCAGGCGAUGUGGGAGCGGCGGUGGGCGUUCCAGAGGCUGGCCGCGACCAUGGCGGCCAGCUUCGGCGUGGGGAUGUUCUACUUUGGCAUGCCGCUCAACGUCGGCAGCCUGGGAUCCGACCUCUACCUGAGCGUCACGCUCAACGCGCUGGCCGAGCUGGCGGCGGCCGUCCUCACGUGGCUCCUCGUCAGCCGGAGCGACAGGCGGAGCGCGGUGAUCGCGCUCACCGCGGCGGCGGGGGCGUGCAGCCUCGCGUGCGUGGCCAUCCCGCGGCGCGCCGCGUCGGCGCGGAUGGCCGCCGAGGUGCUGUCCUUCUUCGCGGCGUGCACGGCGUUCGACGUCCUGCUGAUCUACUCCACCGAGAUGUUCCCGACGUCCGUGCGCAACUCGGCGGUGGGGCUGGUGCGGCAGACGAUGGUGCUGGGCGGCGCGGCGGCGCCCGUGCUCAUCGCGCUGGGCCGCGAGAGCAGCCUCUGGUCGUUCGGCGUGUUCGGGAUCGCCAUCGGCUGCUCCGGCCUCUUCAUCCCGUGUCUACCGGAGACGAGGGGAAAACGCAUGUCGGACACCAUGGAAGAGGAGGAGCGCAACGAGGCCGCCAUGGGCCUUGUUUAGUUCCAAAAAUUUUGCAAAAUAGGAAUAGUAGUACUUUCGUUUGUAUUUGACAAAUAUUCUCCAAUUAUGA